AUGCCUACCCUCAACCCCAGCGAACUGAAUGUUGUGCUUGCUAUCUUUGGAGGGUUCAUCAUCCUCUACGGAAUUCUCUCAGUGAAGAUUAAGAAUGUGUGGUACUUGGGCGAGGCCUUACCGGCUGUCGUUUUAGGCAUAUGCCUUGGUCCAAUAGCGGCGAAGUUCCUCGAUAGUGAGAGAUGGGGGUCGGCCGUUGAUGGUCAAACCAACGACAUCACUCUCGGCGUCAUGAGAGUGAUGAUCGGUAUCCAAUUGGUCAUGGCCGGCUACCAGCUCCCGGCGAAGUACCAGAAGACUAAAUGGAAGGACAUGCUCGUCCUCAUGAUCCCCGUAAUGACGCUGAUGUGGUUGGCUACUUCGGCCUGCAUUCUCGCCACCAUUCCAAAGGUUUCGCUUUUGGGAGCCAUGGUCAUUGGGUCCUGCGUUACUUCUACCGAUCCAGUUUUGUCUCAAGCAGUUGCAAAGGGGCCGUUUUCCGACAAAUAUGUGCGCCGUUCGCUCCGUGAAAUCAUUUCCUCCGAGGCCGGCGCAAAUGAUGGGUUCGGAUUCCCGUUUCUCAUGCUUGCGACAUACCUCAUGCGACAUGCCGAUGGAAAGGAAGCCCUUCAUGCCGGUGACUCUACCUUGCAUGCUGUCACGCGGGCUCUGUUGCCUCGAGCUGGAGAUGUGGCCCGCCAGGGUGGAGGCGUCGGUAUUGCUCUUCAAAACUGGUUCCUUGAGACCUGGCUGUACUUUGUUAUUAUGAGUAUUGCGUAUGGUGUCGUUGUGGGAACCCUCAUCAGAUUCGCCCUCAAGUUUUCCGUCAGAAAGAAUUCCAGAAAGUGGAUUGAUUCCGAGAGCUACGUUCUUGUACCAACUGCCAUUGGUCUCUUCCUGAUGGGAACUUCUGGAGCCAUUGGUACCGACGAUCUUCUCUCAUGUUUCGUUGCUGGCAGUGCCCUCAACUGGGACGGGGAAUAUCUUGCCGAAGCGCAAAAGCGCCAUGAUGAAGUCAAUGCCAGUAUCGACGUUCUCCUUAACUUUGGAGGUUUCAUCUACCUCGGCACUAUCAUACCUUGGAGCGAGUUCAACUCCGAUAUUACCGGCAUCACCCCCGGCCGACUGUUCGGCCUUGGCGCACUCGUACUCGUCUUCCGCCGCAUCCCUGCCGUGUUGCUCACCUACAAGCUCAUGCCCAACACCAUCAAAAACUGGAAAGAGGCUUUAUUCAUGGGAUACUUUGGUCCUAUCGGUGUUGGAGCAGCGUUUUACAUCGAGCACGCUCGUCAUGUAUUCCCGAAAGCCGAAGAAGCCGCUGCCGUAGGUGACAAUGAGACGGCCGACAUGCUUCGAGCGAUGGGACCGGUUGUUUACUGGCUCGCACUCUUUUCCAUCUUUGUGCACGGUCUUUCGAUUCCGAUUUUAAGCGCCAUCUACAAGUUCAUGGGUGUUCAGCCCAUCCAGGAGGAUGCAGUCCAGCUUAGACGCCGCUCCCUCCGCGUUCCACCUCCCUCGAACGCAGUUGAAGGUGAUAGAGACACCUUCAUCGCAUUCAACCGAUUCUCGCGCCCUAACAUGUCCAACGAAUCACUCACAAACUUGGGUGAUGAUGACUCGACAGUUGUUGAUGAAAAGGUUCGGUUCCCCGACCUUGAGACAGGGCUUGCCGAAGCCAAGAAAAGGGCACAGCUCAACCCUCGACGGAGCUUCAAUGUGCCACGCCUUGCGCCGCCCCGGAGCCUCAGUCGGCCACGGACAAGUGCAAGCCAGGUUCAAUGGGACCAACAACCGCACGUUUCGCGAAUUUGA